AUGAUCGAAUGGUUUAAUACAUUUUUACAUGAACAUCAAACUAUAUUACCUUAUCUUUAUCUAUUAUCUCAAUGGAUCUUUCUCAUCAUUUACAUCAACCAAAAUCGUCUCUAUAAUUUUCUUAUUAAACAACAAUUGAAAUUUUUUGUAAUUAUCAUUUUACAAUCUCAUUCAUUUAUUACUGCUUCGAAUUAUAUCGUACAAUGGGUAUCAAUAUGGACAUUUUUAGAUUAUUAUACAUCAGAUGACUGGCUUCUUAUGCUUAUAAUUAGUAUUGCUGCAGUAUUAGCAACUAUAACUGUAACAGGACAUUUAUGUGAUCUUGUUUGUUCACCAUUUAUAAUUAGUUAUGAUUCUAUUGAAUAUAACAUUCGAAUUGAAACACCAUUUAUAACAGAAAAAAUGAACCAAUGUCUUUCUCAUGUAUUAAAUUACAUUUUUUAUGAAUAUGUCAUAUCAAUAUUAUCUAUAUUAGCAUGGCGAGGUUUUUACAAAUUUCUUGAUAUUCAUUUAUAUCCAAAUAAUGAAAAUAUAUCAGCUUGUUUAAGUCUUCUAAUUGGUUAUCUAUUAUUUUUUAUUCUUAUGUAUACACAAGCAUUUCAAUUUAAUAUUUGUUUAUUAACAACAUUUAUAGAAAUGAAUUAUCCAUGUUUUCUACAAAAUCUUCGUCAUUUAUGUGCAUUUUUUUCAUCUAUAUUAUUAUGGAGAGGUUUUUGGAUUCUAUUCGAUAUACAUAUUGCAACAAUAUCAAUUGUAUAUGAAUCUCCUUUAAAAUUUUAUAUUAGUUUUAUGAUAAUAUCAUUUGUUAUUUUAAGUUUAAUGAAAACAGCAUCGUCAAUCAAUGGACCAAUGUCACAUAUUAAUGAUAAUGAUAAUCUUUUUCCAAUCUAUUCAAAUUGUUUUCUAAGUAAAUGGUUUCGUGAAAAGAAAAAUUUAGGUAAAACUGUAUCAAAUCCAAGUCAAAUUACAGAUAAUGAACUUUAUACAAUUUCCGUUUUUUAA